UGCAAUCGAUUCCCGUGGCGAACCGCCUUCCAAAAAAUAUAAAACUACCAAAGAUUCAGUUUUUGAUAAAUACUGGGAUGACUCAAAUGCUGUGGAAAGACUUAAGAAAAUAGCUGAAUUGCUUACAACACGUGAUUACUGUUUCUGUUUGCUAAAGAUUUUGAAAUGCAAUGCAGACAAAGGGAAUGCCUUUUCACAAGCAUAUUGUGAAACUUCAACUAAUUCCAAAGAAACCAGUGCUGGAGCAAGGUCUAUUGAUGCAUAUCGUUUUUCAACUGUUUUCAAACAUGGAUACUCUAUGGUAAUGAAUUAUACAAAUGACAGGAAUAAUGUUCCUGAGAGACGAGGUGAUAGAAUUGCUUUGGAAAGGCUGUUGAACGUGUUGAUUAAUUUAAAAGAUAUUGAGGAGGCAUUGAAAAAUGCCCAAUCUGCCAAGGAAGUUGACUGGACAAUUACACUGGCUCAUCACCUUCUCAGAAAUUUGGCAGUUAAUCAAACUUAUGUUGUUGACAAUCAUUACGCAGGAAGGUCAUGCAUCUGUUUUUGCUGCAAGCAAACAAUCACAGGAAGCUUUGGAGAUACAAGCAUUGGUUGCACUGCUGUAUGGCAUGGGUACCUUGACCUCAUUUUGGGUUCUGAAGUUCCUGUUAAAGCUGCAGAAGAUGAUGAUGAGGUGGUAUGUGAAGGGAAUAAGUCAUCCUCUGAAUUUCCAGCAAAACUCAGGGAUCAGCUGAUUGCACAGACCAUUGUUUUUUCUUUUCUUCAGAAAAAAGAAAAAUCAACAUAUGAAAACUACCUGAUUCCAAGCAUUGGCAUUGCCAAGAAACAUGUCGUGCUUUUUUUAUAUGACAGUGAGCAUGACAUAUUGCUUGAGAGUAAACUGAUAAAAUUGUGGAGUCCAGGUGGUCACAUUAUCACAUCAGCAGUGUUAGCUCUUUGGUUAGCCAUCAAUUUCAGUUUUACAUGCUCUGGAGUAACAGAACACAUGAAAAAUUGUGGUUUUACUGCUGAUUUUCCAAAACAAGUUGGAAAAGAACUGAAAGUUUAUGAGAAAUGCUUAAGGUUUGGUUGUGGUCCUGGAAGUGAAGUAAAAGAAAUGUUUGAACCAGAAGUUUAUGACAUUUUUAAUUUGCAUUAAAUUUAGUUUCCAAGGUUUGUUGGAUAUCAGAAUAAUUCGGUGUGUGUGGUUGCCUUAACGAUGCAUUUAGUUCUAUGCCAAAACCAUAAUCCUAGUUUUCCUCAUUGUAAUGUUUACCUUUACUUUCUUUUUAGCUCACCUGUCACAAAGUAGGACCUCUCUCAAGUUUGUUCAAAUAAUUUUGUUUUGCCCCUUUUAGGGGCCGCCAGAACUGAAAAUAGAAACAAGCCUUUAAACGUCUUCUCUCAUGAACUGCAUGAUGCAUCUUCACCAAAUUUGGCCUUAAGCAUCCUUGCAAUGAUCUUUCUCGACUUUGUUAAAAGAAUUUUGUUUGGCCCCUUUCAGGGGCCGCUUGAGUUAAAAAUAGAAAAACCUUGAAACAACUUCUUCUCAUGAACCGCUUGAUGGAUCUUCACCAAAUUUUGCCUGAAGCAUCCUUGCAAGGACCUCUCUCAAGUUUGUUAACCAGGUUUUCAACAAAAACCUGAGUUAUUAGAUUGGGGUAGAUGUCGGUCGGGCGGCGGCGGCGGCGGCGUCAAACUGGUGUUUCCGGUCAAUAACUUUUGUUUCGGUAAAGAUAUUUGAAUAAAACUUGGUAUGUAUGUAGCUUAUAUCAAGACAAAGGCUGGGAUUGAUUUUGGGGUUUCUGGGGUCAAGGUCACUGUUAUUUAAAAUAGAAAAAGGGUUUCCGGUCAAUAACUUUUGUUUCGGUAAAGGUAUUUGAAUAAAACUUGGUAUGUAUGUAGCUUAUAUCAAGACAAAGGCUGGGAUUGAUUUUGGGAUUUCUGGGGUCAAGGUCAAGGUCACUGUUACAUAAAAUAGAAAAAGGGUUUCCGGUCAAUAACUUAACUUAGGAAUGAGCUAUCAUGAUGAAACUUGGUAUGUAUGUUGCUUAUAUCAAGACAAAGGCUGGGAUUGAUUUUGGGGUUUAUGGGAUCAAGGUCAAGGUCAUUGUUACUAAAAAUAGGGUUAGGGUUAGGUUAGGGUUAGGGUUAGCAUAUCUUCUACAUGCAUGGAGGGAUUUUGUUUGUUCACCAUCAUGAGACGGAGUGUCAUGCGCAAGAACCAGGUCCCUAGGUCUAAGGUCAAGGUCACACUUAGAGGUCAAAGGAUACAAGAAUGAAAACUUUGUCCGGAGCAUAUCUUCUUCAUGCAUAGAGGGAUUUUGAUGUAACUUGGCACAAUUAUACACCAUCAUGAGACGAAGUGUCUUGCGCAGUUCCCUUCUCUAGAAUUACUUCCCUUUGUUGUUACUAUAAAUAGCUUAUAUUGUAACUUUUUCAUUACUAGACAUAGGGAAAAAUCGGGACCACUUUUCUGUAGUACAACAUGCAUGUUACAUCCAAUUUUGAGGUGUAUUUUGACCAAUCUCUACCUGGUAAGGAUUUCUGUGUGGACUUACAAUUUUUUUUUUGUAUUUUUUUUUUUUUUUUUUUUUAAGA